AAUGGGUUGCACUACAGCAAAAAUUCACGAGCCUUUAAGCUAAAGACUUCGAGAAAAAGCAAGCGAAAUAUUUAAAAAACUUGAUAUCAAAGGGAAUGGAACCAUAGAUAAAUAAGGAACGGAGUAAUUUUGGUAACCAUUAAAAUAACUUAUAAAGGAAAUCCAACUUUGCAAAAUUAAAUACAGAAGCCUUAUUUGAUGCAGUAGAUUUUGAUAAGAGUGGAGAUAUAACAGAGGAAGAGUGGAUGGCAUUUUGGGAGAUAGUAAAAGAAAAUGGGUAUUCAGAGGAAGAAAUAAAUAUGGAAGUAAAAAUUAGAUUAUUAAAUGAAGUUAGAAGAAUUAAUGGAUGGAAAGGCUUGGGUGUAAUUUAAAAGAGUGGAUAGGUUCUUAAAGAUAGAUGAAAAGAGAAGAGGGUCAAGAGUCAAGUCAAUUGUGCAGGAAGAAAAGAAGAAGCUUUCUAUCAUCUAACCAACGCGAUUAUAAAAGAGUAAGACUCUUUAAAGUGAGGGACAUGACAUGCAACAUGAAAUUUAACAAUAAUCUUGA